AAGAGCGCCGGGCAAGCCAGCCAUGGGGAAAUGCAGCGGGCGCUGCACGCUGGUCGCCUUCUGCUGCCUGCAGCUGGUUGCAGCCCUGGAGAGGCAGAUCUUUGACUUCCUGGGUUAUCAGUGGGUGCCCAUCCUGGCUAAUUUUUUACACAUCAUGGCUGUCAUCCUAGGGAUCUUUGGCACCGUUCAGUUCCGAUCCAAAUACCUCAUACUGUAUGCAGUGUGGCUCGUGCUGUGGGUCGGAUGGAAUGCAUUCAUCAUCUGUUUUUACCUGGAAGUGGGACACCUUUCACAGGACCGAGACUUCAUCAUGACCUUCAAUACAUCGCUGCAUCGUUCGUGGUGGAUGGAGAACGGACCCGGUUGCCUGGUGACGCCCAUCAUGAACUCGGACCUGGCGAUCGAGGACCACCAUGUCAUCACGGUCACCGGGUGCCUGCUGGAUUACCAGUAUAUCGAGGUGGUGAGCAGUGCGAUGCAGAUAUUCCUUGCGCUCUUUGGAUUCGUCUACGCCUGCUACGUCAGCAAAGUAUUUAUGGAAGAAGAGGACAGCUUUGAUUUCAUCGGAGGAUUCGACUCGUACGGCUACCAGGCUCCACAAAAGAUGUCACACUUACAGCUACAGCCUUUGUAUACGUAA